AAUUCUACUACUGUAUCUCAACGCAACUCUAAUUUAACCAGUUCUUCUGCAAAGAACCGUCACGCAUGUGAUUGGCCUGGAUGCACUUGGAGCUUUAAAAGACUCGAACAUCUCAAACGUCACAUGAUCACUCAUACUGGUGAAAGGAAGUAUACUUGUAGUUAUCCUGGGUGUGGUAAAAGAUUUGGACGUUCUGAUAAUUUUGCAGCACAUUAUCGAACUCACAAUAAA